GCCUUCCACAAAGGAAGCUCAGGAUAACUUAGCUGAUUGCUGUUCUCAUGGCGCUGGACUGCCAACCGCCAUCUCUUCUUGCGGAUCUUGCCGGAUCGUUAACAGCGGAUUUUGCUGCAUCAGUGUGGACGUUCAUGCAGUCAAAUUUGACACCCGCGGACGAAGAGAGCCACAGAAGACCCCACACAAAGCAGGCGCAGAAAAACGGAUGGAUGGCAGAGAUGGCUUGACGAGGUGCAGCAAGUGUACGCGCGAGGUCUCGGGAUGAUAUCGACCACACUACCGGUAGCGUCCCCAUUCGUUCCGCAAACCCAACGUCCAAUACCCAUCUCGAAUCGAAGCAGUGGUCUGCAACAACAAGCCCUCACCAUCCUAAAAGAUGUCGCUGCUGACAACCUCAAAUUCUACAUGUCCUCACUAGAACAACCUAAAAUAACCCUCCCUCGCAAACCAAAACAAACCAUCUCUGGCGUCCUCCAAACACAGCAACACGUGUACCCUGAUCCGCAGCUAACCGUUCACUCAAGCUUUGCCAUUUCGCCGCUACCUACAACCCAAUCCGCACCCAGACGCAAAGCUUGCGUGUGCCUGGGUAUAAUUAGCCUGAUUGUCUACCGCCGACCAUUCCCAGGCCCCCUUGCUGCCACGCGCUGGCCCGCAGCUCAAUCAAACACGGCGCUAUCGAAAAUCUCGGCGCCACUUUUGCACUUGGUGUGCAGACUCAGCCACGCUGUCUGCCCUUGGGCAAAGGGGCCCGUGGCGCACCGCGCGCCUGGAGCCGGUCCGAGAGUCAGGUGACGUGACCUCGCCGUUUGCGGUAGCUGCUGUGAAAAAGCAGCGCGGUCCGAGCGUGCGUCUAUUGGGUUUCGAGGCCGCCGGUCUCGAAUUUCGAUGAG